AUGUUGCCACCAGAAUUGGCCGCGGAGGUGCGGACCUUCGAGGAAGCGGCAGCAAAUGUUUCAUCUUCCGGCCUGUUCACCGCCUGGGAGAAGCUACAUAAAUCUUUUCUGGAUGCGAAGCUCUCAGCGACGGACCAUUUGCGCCCGGAAACACUUCGCACCGUCUCCCUGCUCUCUGCCGAGUUUGGGCGCCAGAAGCCGGUACUGGCUGCGUUGGCCGCCUCGCGCUGGAAGCUCACCGCCGAGGCGUUUGUCGACACAUUUAGCCCGAAGGCACUAAUGUCAUGCGAGUUUGUCUCACAAGUUCGCAAGCUCGCGGACGACACCACCGUUACGUUUGCCGAGGCUGUUGAGGCCAUGAAGCGGGAGCGCACGCGCCGCCUGACAACCUCCGGCAAGCCUGGCCUCCCGAAAACUCCUGACUGGACUCCGCUCGAUGCUGGAAACGCUCGAAAGGGCUACUGUCCCGAUGUCGUCCUGCGCCGCCCACAGAAGAGGCGGAAGACUAGCAACCAGUCCGGCGCAGCAAACGUCUCCCAGCAGGAGGGAGCUGAUGACCAGGUCCACAUGUCAUCGCCCCCUCGGACGCCGGCCGUUAUUCCUGCGAGUCCCCGUUCCCCACCCCGCACCGCACAGAGCCCACCCUCAAACCACGCUUUGAGCAUGACAGACAUCGAACAACCCCGGCGCGGCACAGACGUAUUGGGCGAUGACGACUUCGGUGGCUAUGCAAUGACCGCGGAGGGCCUGGUCUCUGAUGACGAAUCCGACAGAUUCGACGAAACUCCUGCCCCACUCCGCACGAAACCAACGACCGGAGAAAAAGCAUCCCAGUCCCUCGACACUGCAGACCCGUUUCUGUCCUGUGAGAAAGACUCCCUCGAGACGAGCAAGGCUCCCGUCCCGGUAGAGGUACCGACAAUCAGGCACCUCCCUGAGCAACGCGAUAGUGGAACCCAACGGUUCGAUCGUCACAUUUCCGAACCGCCUGAUGGAGACACCAGCGCAUAUUUCCCCUCCAAGAACUUUCCACGGUUUGAGAGAUUGGGGAGCAACUCCAAGGCAAGAAUGUUCGGCAGUGCUGGCCCGGGCUCCAAAGAACCACCGAAAUCGCCUAGUGCAGAAGCCAACGUCGUCGCUUUCGGGGCAGACGAAGACACGAGGGUCGCGAACGCGUUGAGGGCUUUGGAGGGAGAUAAUUGGCUUGGAGAGGAAACAAUCACGUCUGUUCUGGCUCUUUUCAUCCCCAAUACGGGCGUACGCAUCGUAGACAUCGGCACAGUCCCUCCUGAUGGAGCGUGGGAGAGGUGGGCAUCAGCCAAGGAUAGCCGCGUUCGACUCCGCAAGCCGGAUGAGAUGGUCAUUGUUCCACUGUUUGACCCACAGCGAAUGCAUUGGCAACUUCUGGCAUUCGAACUGACACGUAAAGACGUCGUUAUCACCGCCUACGACUCCAUGGUCCUGAGAACCGACACCACUGAGCUUGCCGCGCGAUCCAUCGCGAAGUUCCUGGGUUUCAGUCCGGAGCGCAGUUUGCGUUUUCGCCGCGAUCCAGGAGCACUUCAGCAAACCAAUUCGCAUGACUGUGGCAUUUUUGUGAUAGUCCAUGCGCUCUUCACCAUCGCCCGGAGCAGCAUACCCACCUCGGCUGACGGCAGUCUGUGGCGCAUGUUUUUCCGCUGCUGCCUGCAGAAGGAGCGUCUUCAGCAAGAGGUAGAUGCAGCACUGGCAUCAAUGGAGCACGUGCAGGAACGGCUCGGACCCCAACUCCUGAAAGACCAUGCUACUGCGAUUGCUCGUUGCAAGCGCUUGAAGCAUGCAGUCUCCCAGGCCGACGAGUUCUUCAAGGUGGUACUAAUGGUGAAGCACCGAGCGUCGGAGGGUUCGCAGAAAAUCCAGGAUGCUCUCAGCAGCGUGACGCACCGACAAAAUAUCAUCCGCGAUCUCGACCGCAUGCUCGGACCUGACCUCGACGACGCGGAAACGCAAGCCCGCGACCUUCUGCAAACCGGACUUGAGAGCGUAUCUCGUCGCUGCAAAGAUAUGCAGCAGUCGGGAUUUGGUGCGACUUCGAACGCUGGUGGUAAUAUUGCAUCCUUUGUCAAUGUUGCAUCUCAGAUUCACUUCAAAUUUCAGCUUGCAUACACUGAGGCAAAGGACUUCCUCGAAGAGAUGGAUGAGAAAGUAGGUGUAGCCACAAGGGAGGCAGAAGCGCUUCUCCAGUACUCCAAGGUGUUGAACGGCUGA